GGCGCGUCGUCCAUUGUAAAAUAAAUAACAACAGCCAGAAGUCGUGACCCCUCUGCUGACAAACGCCUGGCAGCACUUACUGUGAGGAAAUUUACCCUGGAACAUGUUCUAGACGUGAAACAAAGACGACGAAACCCCGUACGGGGGGGUCACAAAAAUAGAACUGGCCCACAUGUAAGUGAAGUGAGGUGCUCUCUCAAAUUAGGCGUCAGCAGAGACCAGGCGAAGACGACUGAACCGUUUUUGUCAAAUCUCCAUGUGAUUCAAAUCCGAAUGCUGGAGAUGGAUAGAACUAAUUCGGCUAAAUCACGUUAUUAAUGACUUCUACCGGUUAUUUUCGGGAACUUGGCUUUCGUGUAGAUGACCCCCAGUGUUUAAAACUCAGUCUUGGUUCGACCGCUGCAUCAUAUUCUUUAGAAAUUAGAAUAAAAUCAACCAGGCAGUAGCGCUUCUACCCCCACAACAGAGUUAAUUCCGUGGAACAGCUUUCAAGCCUUUAAAUUUAAAUACCCGAUCCCACCAUUCGUUCUUCAAAAUGGAAAACCAAGAUAGGCAGCGUCUGGUCAGGAGAGAAUCCAGUGUAAAGAUGCCUCGUAAGCCCAGGCCUGAAUCCCCCAACAGGGGGAAAAGUUUCAACCGAGAAAGCAGCGAUAUCCCGGCCAUGGCCGACCCACCGGCCGAUUCAAUAUUCUGUCCCGACGGAUGCAAGUCUAACGGUCCAGGAAGGAGUAUUUUCGACCCAUGCGCAGAGCCCCGGAAACAAGUCGUGGGGGAUGGGAAGGUGGAGGCUUUCAUGAACCAAGUCAAGGCGACAGACAUCACCCAGCCAUGCGCCACGCAGACGUCGCUUUCCCUGAGGGAGAGGAGCUCGGAACUGCCGAGGAGAAACCGGGACAGAAUCACCCAGAAAACUGGUCGAAAGUCGUGGGACUCGUGCUGCGAGCCCCCAAGGCCGUACUGCAGGAGCGACAAAGAGUCGGUGGCCCAAAGCGACGGACAGACGCAGGUGGAUCCACGAGACAUUGAUUCCUGUGAUUCCGUCCAGACGGGUCCCUCCCUGAUCGCCGAAGGACCAUUUUGCAGAUACGAUUACAAGCUUAGAAAGUGCAAACAUUAUCCAGCAGAUACCAGUCGGCAGUGCGAGUGUAUCAAAUCAGAGCAAGUGUAUCCCCUCGGUGUUAGGUGAGACAUUCCCAUAGUUACUUUAAAAACUUUUUUUUUUUUUUAAAGUAGCGGCGCACCUAGGGGUUGCCACAGGAGGCACUUUUUAACAUAUAUAUUUAUAUAUGUUUGUCUAAGGGGAGCAAGAUUUCCAAACGUUAGACCUCAGUUAAGAAUCGAAUCUUCAGUGUGUUGGUGAAAUUAAAAUCGUAUAGCUGAAGCCGUUGUGACCAGGGCCGUCUUAACAGCAUCGGUGACAAAGUAAAUCACUGAGGCCCCCCCCCCCUCCCCCCAAAUUUCUCUCACCUAUUCAAGAAAUUUUUAGGAAAAGCAUUAGGGGCGUUAUGAACAAUGUCUGUUUUAGACAAUUUCGUUGGGGGCACGUGGGUGGGGUGGGGGGGGGUUACAUCUCAUCAAUUUACUUAAUCACAUUCACCCCCCUCCCUCAAAAAAAAAAAAAUAUAAAUAAAAAUUAAUUAAUUAAAUCGACAAAUUUUAGCUUAAAGCGGGUACCAAAAGGGAAAUGGAAAUGCUUUGAAACUCAAGUAACGUGUGCACAAAAACUGGGGAAACCUGCUCCUGAAAAGUCUUUUAAAGAAAAUUAAAUUGCCUAAAGAUCUUUCAAGAUCCAUUAAAAAUGUGUGUAAAUCGAUAACGAUAUCCCUAUAAACCUUGAGGCUCCCUAGACAAAUUAAAAUUAAUGACAAAUUGAAAGCGUUGAAGUUGCAAUGUGUUGGUAUUUAAAAAAAAAAAUAAUUAAAAAUCCUUUCUAUAACAACAGGGACGAAGGUAGGAGUGUUAAACAGCAAGUGGAGGCAACCGACAUUAAAAUCUCAGAGGAUGUUCAAACAGGCCGCUCUCUCAGCCGGCUGGACGAUCAAUGCAAGCCUGGUGACGUCAUCAUUUACGGGGAUCCCCGGCCGAAAUCCAUCACGUCAGCCCGAAGCAGCUACCCUCAUAGAGAUGACUUUCUUCCCUGCCAAUGCCCAAGUCAGAAAAGUCCGUCUGUUUACGCCAGCGUCGGCAAUCUUGCGGAUGCUUUGCAGAUCUCCAGCAGUAAAAUCAUCCAAACGGACAAGUGCCUAGACCACCGCUGUCUGGCGGCCAAAAAGUACAAGAACCACGAGUGGGACGAGUGCCACGAGUGUCGCGGUACGACUUACGGGUCAGGGAAGAAGCGGAACGUCUGCUUGCAAGUGAGAAGCCUGGACAUCAACGGGUGUGACGAGACGCAAACGGGGUCGUCCCUGGCGUUGAACGAGGCAUUCGCCAGAAAGCGCGAGCAGUGCAAGACAGAGCCUAAAGCAGGGGACUACGUCUUGUAUGGGAGGGUGAAGGAGAUCUGGGACGACUGCAACUGUCUCCAGCCGAGACGGGCGGAGAAAGCUAAAUUGGAGGACCAGACAACGCAAGUCUGCGUUACAAAUCUAACGGUCACAGAUGGCAUCCAAACCUCAAGCAAUGCAAAGUCCGCUUGCAAACGGCAAUUCUGAGCUUUUAAUUUCAAAAUUGUUUCAUUACAAAAAAAUAAAUUACAAAAAAAUAGAAAUCGGAGCUCGCUAAAACCAGUGGGGCUGUACAGGAAGUACGUCAAGCUAUUUUCGUGACAUUUUUACCCCCCUUGCCCCCAAGUACGUCACACGUUCGAACCACACAAUUGUUUAAAAAUAUAUAUAUUGAAAUAUAAUCUAAAACGCACGUCUCUAUUAAAGUAUUAGAUUUAUAACAGUUUAUAUCUUCUGUCAGAGUGCA